GGUUGUUACAAAUGGUAUCAGAGCCGGACACUGGGCGAUGUGCCAGCAAGGAGGCUGAGCCAUGAAGCGGGAUGGACACGAGACAGUGUGCCAGUAAAGACACUAGGCUCCGAAAGGGGUGGAUUGGGGGUCCCACAUUGAUUGGAGAAGGGAACGAGUGUCAGCGAGAUCGUUGGGCACCGAAGGAGGGAGGUGGGGGAGGAGAACGAAACAUUGUUUAUAAGGGCGUGGAAACCUCUCUCUAGUGAACGUGUUUUAGAAACCUUGAGGGGACCGUUAAGUAUUCAUUAUCAUAACUAUUUGUGCUAAUCAUCUCUGCAGCCAACAAUAUCAAACAAGCAUAACUUCUCUCUCAAUCUAUCUAGAAUGACAUGGUAGGCUUUCUAGAUUAAACACUUUUUCUGAUAUAAGCAAUCAUGAGAUUCUAUCAACCAGUUUGGUUAAUGUUUGUUUGAAGAAAGAUAUGAGUAUCUAUAUCUCUUUUUAAGUAUGUCCAUGGAGGAUAGCUACACAUUCAACACUGUGUCUGUGCAACCUAAACUCGACACGUAUGCAAACUCAUCACGCUAUAAACUUCGACUUGGAGUUCUUCAAGAUCAUUCUAGGAAUCCACUGAAUUCCAACUCAUUAACAGUUCCUCAAAUAUCUAUACCUACUUUUAGUCCUCUAUUUAUGUCUCCUAUGAUGAGCUGAGUAUCAAGCCCUUGAAGAGAGCACAAAAAGAUGAAGUUAUUAGGAUGGAUGCACAACAAGUUUUGGCAAAGUGGAAUCGAGUCUGUCAAGGAUUUCACUAUUGCGAACCCAUGCAUGUGCCUAUCAGUACAAGCACUUGUUAAUGAUGAAGACAUCUAUUUGAAGCCAGAUUAUGGUUCCAAAAUCAUGCAGCUUCACAGUCAGGACUAUGAACAAUCAUCUUUUGAAGAAAAAAAUGGAAACUUAUCUAAUUCAUCUGAUUUCUUCCAUGAGUUCCUCACCAUCGGAACUCUCGGUUCCGAACCGGCAACGCCAACAUUUUCCUUGGCUUUUGAAAACAUGAUAGCGUUGCCAGACGAGGUGACAGAGGAUGAACUAAAACUGAUAAAUUUUGAGCUAGAAAAGUGUCUUAAAGCUGAAACUAAAGAAGACUGUUGCGAGCAAUCGCCCGGGCGGGCGAGUCAUGCUAGUAUUAUCACGCUUGCAGGUAAGCAUACAGAAGAUGAUGGGAAGACACUAACAUGUCCACUUCAGGGGUAUCUAUUUGGAUCUACAAUAGAGCUUUCAGACAAGAUGAUAGCCAUGAGUAAAGAAGAACCUUCAUCUGCAGCACAUGAGAGUUCCAAAGUGGAUAUUGAUAAAAAAGAGGUAUUGAUUAAGCAUUCAAACAAAUCUGCACUAAGCUUUGUGAAGAAGAUGCUGAAGAAAUUGCGUACUUCUUCACAUGGUUCUACCACAUAUGAGUCAAGUGAUUCAUAUUCAACCAAGAAGAAACUCCAAAAGGUGCUGCGUACAUUUCAUAGAAAAACACACCCCGAAAGCUCUACUGCUACGAACGAAUGUCAAAAGUCCCACAAGUACGUGUUCGAGAAUGCUUCUUUCGAUUAUGAUAUCGAUAAUGGACGUGCGAUGAACGGAGAGGAAGACCGGAUAAUGUCUUCUCAGGAGUUCAUCUCAAAAGAGGAAAUGCAUUAUUGGAAGACCAACUUAGGCUUGCCUCUCUAUGGGGUGGACACCAGUGUUUUGAGUGCAAACAAAGGGCAUUGGAUCAAGACAGAUGCAGAGUACUUGGUGUUGGAGCUUUAAGGGAAGAAGAAGACGACCACAAAGGAUCAGAAUGGUGACCACCUGAAGUCUUCUUUUCCGAACGGUUAUACGAUAGCGAUAGCGAUAUCAAUAUUAUUCGUAUCGUUGUGUUUAAGUGUAAUAGCAAACUCUAAGUUGGUUUGGCUUGUGUUGUAAGCUUCUACAAAUGGUUUGGAUUGUAUGAUAGAGUCCUUUGCAAUUUCACCUGUGAAAUGGCUAAGUGUUGUAGAUUAUGAACAGAAAAUGAAGUUCUUCUCUGAACAAACAAACCCUUUUGAA